AUGCAUCAUUGGUUAUUACGCUGUUCUUUGUUAUUGGUGGUAUUUAAAUCAAGCUACCAGUUGCAAUGUCCAUUCUCCAAGCGCCCGGUGGCAUAUGCGACCGCAAAUGCUAUCAGUUCUGGAAGUCGAACACAUCCAUUUCAGGAGCCAAUUGCAUAUCCACAAGAUGAUGACAGCCACAGUAGUCGAUAUGUUGUAGAAGCGUUUGGCAAAUAUUCCGACAACAGCUUACACAAUUCAUUUGAAAAUAAUGAAGUGAGAUUUGAAUGUGCAGUACCACCCUUAUCAUGUGCCAAUGAUUCGAGUAACUUAAAAUAUCGUACAUUUGAUGGUUCAUGUAAUAAUUUAGCUUAUCCUGGAUAUGGUAUGGCCAAUUCAAGAUUUGGUCGGUAUUUAAAACCAAAAUAUGGUGAUGCUUUACCAAAUGCCAGAUUGCUGUCAUUAUCAUUAUUUGGAGAUCAGACAAUUCCCGAUAACGACUUAACCACAUGGACAAUGCAGUUCGGUCAAUUUGUGGGUCAUGAUAUUAGUGAACAAUUGAAACCGAACGUGGAUGAUUGCUGUGAAAAUGCGAAUAGUAAAUUCUGUUACUCCAUACCGUUAAAUGUUUACGGACCCAUUACACUGGGUACCGGUAGAACCUGCCUAAAUUUUGCACGAGUCAUCAGCGACAAGGACAUUCCCUGUACAUUAAGUAGUUUAGGUUAUGCCGAAAAAUUGAGUAAGCAAACUCCAUUCAUAGAUCUUUCCUCAGUAUAUGGCAAUUCUCUGGAACAGAGUAUUAAGGUUCGUCAUUAUCAAGGUGGUCUAUUGCGAACUAUUUGGCAUAACCAUCAACAAUAUUUAACAACUACAUCCAGUGCAAGUGGUGAAUGUCAACCAGAUGUUGAUGAAUGUUUUAGAAUUCCGGAUAUUCGAAAUCAGUUAUCUCCAACUAUAACAGUUCUGCAUACUUUGCUGGUGAGGGAACAUAAUCGUUUAGCUACUAUAUUGGAGAAAUUAAAUCCCCACUACUCGGACGAGAGUAUUUUCCAUUUGGCAAGAAAAAUAAACAUAGCCCAGUAUCAAAAAAUCAUAUACUAUGAUUGGUUACCGUUAAUAUUGGGUCCUGAUUUUGCCUACACUCAACAUUUGACCCACAAUGUUAGACCAGAUGAAUAUGUUAAUGAUUAUGAUCAAUCAUGGACACCUGUCGCCUAUGCUGAAAGUGCUGCAGCUGCUCUACGUUAUGCUCAUACUACUGUACCGGGUUCGUUCUCAUUGGUGGCUCCAGAUUUCCGACACAAUACAACACUGCGUUUAAGUGAUUACUUUAUGCAUCAGGAUUCGGUAUCGCUUGUGUUAAGAGGUAAUAACUUUGAUGCACUACUAAGAGGUUUACAGCUGCAAUUGGAAAAACGUGCAGAUCCAAAUAUUGACAAGGAGUUAAAACACUAUUUCGGUCGUAAAGUUUUUGAUGAAUACGGUUCUGAUUUGAAGUCGAUCGAUAUACAACGUGGCCGUGAUUUUGGAUUAGCUAGUUACAAUGAUUAUCGUGAAGCCUGCGGUCUACCAAGAGCCUAUGGUUGGUCAGAUUUUGAAGAUGUAAUUGCUCCAGAAAAAAUAGAAUUAUUGCGAAAAUUCUAUACCUCACCUAAUGAUGUGGAGUUAAAUACUGGUGGUUCUUUGGAAAGACAUACGACAGAAGGUAUUUUUGGCCCAACAUUCCAGUGUAUAUUAGGCAGACAAUUUGCCAAUUUACGAAAAUCGGAUCGUUUCUUUUUCGAACAUUUUGAACCACAUGCUGGUUUUACAAAAGAACAAUUGGCAGAGAUUCGCAAAGUAAGCUUGGCCAGUUUAAUAUGUGCUAAUAGUGUCAGCUUAAGGCAUGUACAACCCAAUGUUUUUCUACAUCCGAAUGAAGAAAACGAACUGGUGAAUUGUAAUUCUUUACCACAAUUAAAUUUAGGACUAUGGAAAGAACAUGGAGCUUAUUAG